CCUUCUGUAGCCAUCGCAAUAUUAAUUGCCAGAAGUUUGCAAUCUAAAUUCUCGUAUUUAUUGGACCCCGCUUUCGUCCCAAUGCAGUUGAUCAUUAUUACUACUUACGCCGCAUGAGUAAAAGUCAACAGAGAAUUAUACCCAAUCAAUAGGGGCAAUCUAAGAUGCAUUCUACGAUGCCAUUCUUGCCAACGAUUCUCUCGUCUACAAUUUCCACGAAAGUCCAAUGGAAACAGAAGGAAAUGAGCGAGGGAUCAGUAGUAAGAUCUGGAUGCAGCGGGGGUGGGAAUAAAGUCCUUCGAGAUCGUGGUAUUGGGGGUGGAAGAUAAUUUUGCAGUCACACAUUUUGGCGUCGGUUUUCUCGACGUCGCUACCGUGCGUUUAUUGAUCUGACGGUGAAAAUAUGGCGGCUCCGACGCCUCGCGUGCUCGCUCUCAUCCUCGUCGUCGGUAGCAUACUCCGACUUGGACGGACGGCCGCAGGAACCGCGACGACUUUCACCUUCCCCGAAUUUCCGUACAAAGAAACUGGGAAAAAUGAGCUACUCUUCAGGGAGUUCGAACAGGCGUGCGAACAGAGUGGAGCCUGCAGGAUGCUUCAGCAACAAGGAAACAGCAUAGCGAAAGUACGAUGCAUCAGGGAAUGCGUUUCUCCGUCCUGUUAUCAAGAGCUUUAUCUUCCCGACCAGCUGGAGGAAGGGGAGAUUGACGUAAGACUGAAUUCAUUUAAGGGAUGCUUCAUGCAGCGAAGCGGACGUCCCCGAAAAUAAGUGAAGAUUUUCGCCACAAAACCGGGAAUGAAAAAAUCGAGUGCGUGGAAAUCCCGAGCAGAAUUUUACGGAUACAAUCUGCUCCGAUUUCCGUCGAUCUGAAAAUACUUCAAAUUUCAUAUCGAAUGAUACGAUUUCAUCGCGCCUGAAGGUAUAGAGGCUUGGGAUUGAACUUACGUUAAAAGAUUUUCGAGGUUCGAUACAUCCUGGUACUUUUUUAAGCACGAAUUUAAACUAGAAUAGGUUUGAAGUAACUAAUUGUAAGAGGUGAAUUUUCACGUUCGAAGCACGUUUGGCUUUUACAUUGAAUAUAAUACGUAGAUAUUACGUAAAAAUGAAGUAAAGUUUCUACUUUUUAGGAAUUCAAAAUUUUAUAAAUUGCUAUAUCGACGCCUUGCCGGCUCCGUAGAGUUGAAUAUUCUAUUAUACCUAUAUAAUAAUUUGAAAAAUCGUAAUUCAACCUUUACAAAUUAUAAUAAUUAUAUUACUAUACAAACCUUUACAUUAAGUAUACACCACUAAUUGGUAUACCAUAUCGCUAUUUUCAAUAAAGUCAUUUACAUCCCAAUACUCUCGCAGGCCGGG